AUGUGGUCAAUUAUUGCUUUCCGUGACAAUUCUGUGGAGGUUGUUCCAUCAAAAUGGUAUGAUAGUGGAGUCUGUGCAUGGCCUAAAAGAAAUUUAAAACAAUGCAUAGAUCAACAAUUGUCUCCAAAUUUAAAAGAAUUUAGAUAUUUGAAAGGCCGAAAAUUAGGGAAUGAUACAAAAAAGGCCAACAUUGCUAAAACAACAUCAGAUUUAUCUACUAAUGAAUCAUCUCAUGAAAAUGAUAAUAAUAAAGAACAUAGUGGUAACAAACAAAAGAGAAGAGUAUGUCAGCAAGAAGUCCAAUCUAAAAAAAGUUUGUGGAGUCCAGGCUCAAGUGAUAUUUUUGACGAUAGUGACACUGAUCCACACUAUACUAUACCUAAAAUCAACCAAGGCACAUCAUUAUCUCCUCAAAUAAAGUCAACGAAACCUCAAAAUAUACCCUUAACAUGGCCUCAACAGUCCGUCAGAAAGAAGCUUCACUUUGAUAAAUGUCUUAAAAAUGCCAAUCAAAAUGAACAAACACCUGAUGACCACACUACUAUCAUACAAACAUUAUCCUCUCCAUUUAAAGUUUCAACCAUCAAUAAUGCUACUAUCACAAGUACUCCACUACAAUCUAAUUCUAAGAUUCCAACUUCAAAUGAUAAUAUUGUAAAAUCUUUGCAUGAUAAAAUUGAUAAGCUGGAAAAUCUUAUAGUAAAUAUCAGAUCUAAUACAACUGAAUACAGUAAUGAAGAUGCCACUAAUAAUGAUAAAGAUUCAUUUCAAUAUAUUAUAAACAAUGAAUUUCCUUUGAAAGAUGAAGACUCUCUUCAAAAAUUUGAAGAUAAACUUAUUUUUGAUCCAAACUUCAAAACUCAAAUGGUUAAUGAACUAAGUCGAUAUGUCCGUAAUACACUUCCAAGUACCAUUAGAUCAAUGAUGCGUUAUCUUUUCAACGAUAAUUUAUUGCAAGAAUAUAGUUACAAAGGACAAAAAAAGAAGAAAAUAUUUUCAACAUUAAAAUCAUGUUCCAUUAUAUUUGAUUCUGUAAAACAAAUGAAGAGAUACCAGAAAUAUGAUAAAAUUGAUGUAGAACAACCAAUAAAAAUUUUCAUUGCUGGAGCUAAAUUUCGGGGAAAAUAUAAUAAGCCAUCUCAAGAAGACUUAUCAGAUAAUUAA